AGCUCUCGCUGCAGCACUCAGGACAUCCAGCUGAGCGUUUGCUUGGAAAACAUUUACUGAGCAUAAUGACAGAACAGUGUGUGAACCAGCAGACGUCACAGGAGGACGUCAGGAAGUGUUCCCGACGAGCUGCAAAGCAUGAAGAAAGGGAUUCUCAUUCAGAUGUAGAGAACAUGGUGGAGGAGUGUCCAAGAAUCAGGAGGAUGGGCAGUGACUCACUGCAGGCUGCUGAUCAGGAGCCACAGGAGCUGUCAGGGAGGAGAAAGCCAGCGUUAGUCAGGUCAAAGACCUUCGACCAUUCGCUGCUGACUCAGGUUCAGACAGACCCGGACUCCAAGAUCGAGAGGAAGAAGUCUCACUACAGCCAGCUUUCAAAGAGUAACUGCCAGUACCAUAAAAUAUUUAAGGAGAUCAGAAAAGACGAGCAGCUGAGACAGAGUUACACCUGUGCUCUACAGAAAGACAUCCUCUACCAGGGACGCAUGUUUGUCUCCGACCACUGGAUCUGCUUCCACUCCAAGGUGUUUGGAAAAGAUACCAAAAUCGCCAUCCCAGUGAUGUCCAUCACAAACAUCAAGAAGACCAAAACCGCCAUCCUGGUGCCAAAUGCUCUGGUUAUCGCCACCACAAAUGACAGAUACGUGUUUGUGUCCUUUCUGUCCAGAGACAACACCUACAAGAUCCUGAUGUCAAUCUGUCCUCAUCUGGAGGAGAAGAGUCCAUGCAGCAGCCCCAUUCCCUCCUCAGCUGAAACCAGAGGUCAAAGGUCACCGCUAUCACCCAGCUUUCCUCUGAGUGAAUUCAGUGACCUGGAUGGAGAUGCAGCGGUGAGACACAGGAGGCAGGAGAUGGAGGAGGGCAGCAGCUCUGACUCUCAAGCUCCAGACUACGAGAAGAUAGAAGAGUUCCCUGUUCCUCCUUUCCUGAAUGUACUGAAGCACACAGACAGUGCAUCACCUCCAGACCACCAGCACAAAGUGAAGAACCCCCAUCUGAGCCAGCAGAGUCCAGACACCAAGCAGCACGCCAAGCACCACAGAGGCUCAGAGGUGGUGAUUGACAGCAGGUCUCUGAAACAAGUUUCUCUCAACACUCUGCUGAUGGUCUACAUGUUUCUAGUGUGCGUCCUGGUCUUGUCAUCCUGUUACCUGGCAUUUAAGAUUGUAUCAUUGGAGCAGAGACUGACAACGCUCGGCUCGGUGGUUGAGUUCACGCACCAGGAAAACAAUGUUGUGAGUGGAACCGCUGAUGUGAACACCAAUCUGUUCUCUGAACUGUUGACCAUCAACCUGCUAAAGCUGGAGAAGGUGCAGAAGAACCUGCAGAGACUGCUGGAGGAAGCUGCCUGAAAGUAUUGGAAACCAGCACCUGUAGUUUUGUAAAUAUAGUGUAAAUGUGUAUGUUUAUUAUAAAAAUAAUUAUACUGGAAUGUAUUCUGCCCUACAAAGCCAAAAUACAGUAACUACUAUAUAUAUUUGGUCAAAUAUACCCAAGAUCUGCAUUUAUAUUUGUUACUCUUUGUUACUUAUUUCAAGAUGUUAUGUGUUACAGAUGUGUAAUUUAUGUAUUUAUGUAACAAAAUCCUGUUUGAGGCUAGUUUAAGGGAAGUCACAGCUACAGUAGCAUUAGUACUGCAACUGAAUAUUCAUGUUUGACACUUAGCAUCCAAGGAAUGGAUUUAAUAGCUACAUUUAAUUGUGAAAAUUCAAUACAAUUCAGUCUUAUUUAUAUAGUGCCAAACUACAGUUGCAUCAAGGCAAGGUAAAGACCCUCCAAUAAUACAGAGAAAACCCAACAGUCAAAACGACCCCCUAUGAGCAGCACUUGGUGACAGUGGGAAGGAAAAACUCCCUUUAACAGGAAGAAACCUCCAGCAGAACCAUCUGCUGUGAGGGGGGGGAGACAGGACAAAAGACAUGCAAAACCAAUGUAUAUUUCUGCUAAACGCUAACUAAUGUAGUGCAGUAUCUAAUUUUCCUUUUCAGUAUGAUUAUUUUUUCAAAAACUCUCUUACAUUGCUAUCACACCGCUCUUCCAAGUUUUAUUAGUUUCUGUAUUGUUGUCGGUCUUUGUAGGGCAGCAAUCAUAUGAUAUGCACAAAAUAAAUCUUAUUGAAGAGGACCAUUAAUAUCAUGCUUAAAAAUGGCCCCCUCUCGUGAAAUGUUUUGCACCUGUAACCCCACCAAACUGUGAUGUUGUUGUGUAUGGACACACCCUGGUGUACAACUGUACCUCACUGUUGCUAGGUGAGAAGUUAAACCAUUUUGAGUGGUUUUUAAGUAGUUCCUAAAUCUCAGCCAGGCUCUGACAUUUCAAAUGAUCAGGUUUAAAGGCAGAAAUGUGUCACGUUUUUGUGUGUUUUUAAUUGAGGCCUUCUGUUUACUGUACUUAUUCUCAGCUUGGUAAAUCGCUCUGAUGUGAUAUUUUGGACCAACAACCAAGUUUGUAGUUGAAUAAUGAAUUCUGCUCAGGUCCUAAAAGAUAAGAAGGCAGGUUGUGAUCCUGGUUGAAGGCUAUGACCCAAUUCUCUAAAGGAAAGGUAAUGGAUAGAACAGGUGCUUCACUGACUUAUUUCUUACUUCAUUUGUCAGAUGAUAUCAUCUGACAAUGGAUCAUCAUUCAAAACGUUGCAGAUCAGCUUUGCUGCCAUUUUAGUUCAUUAAGCUAAAAGUGAUCACAUUUGAAUGAGAUGGUGGAGUGCUAAGUUAGUACCUGAUGCUAGCUAGCUUGGUUAGCAAACCAGACCUAUAACCUGCACAGGUGCAAUACACAGAUGCAGACACCUGCUAAUUAGUGCUACAGUAAAUACAAGGCUAAUUAAUGAAGUACAAAUUUCUGAUACAGUUUGUUGCACACACUAGGUCACAUUAUCUAUGACAUAACUCCAUUUAAAUGAUCCAAGGAGGUCGUCCAGUUCAGUAAAUUGAAUUAAUGGUGGGGAAGCCUAGCAGACAAACAGGUACAACUUCCAGUGUUAAUUUUGUUGACAAACUAUUUUCAUCGUGUUUUCAUCAACGACCCUUUUUUUCAUGACAAAAACAAGAUGAUAACUAAACAAAAACUACCUAAAAGGAUAAAAAUAAUGAUGACAUUAACUGACGCUUUCAUCAUCUAAUGAAAAUGAGAUAAAAAUGCUUGGUGGGAAAGACAUCCAAUCGGAACUUGUUUAAUUUUGUGAAAGGCUGGGACAAGUUAGCUCACUAAACUCACACUAAUGAUCUCUAACCAGUGAUGUUUGGUUUAUUUCAGUGUUUCAUUUGUUCCUGAGCAAAUCAGUUUGGCUUAAUUAAAGUUAAGCAUCGUAACUGGAUGGUUUUAUUCAACAUUAAUGUCUUACUAGAGAGCUGUUAAUAUCUCUGGAAAUAAAUAAUUCACUCAACUGUA